AUGUCGCUAUUAGAAGGUCCGUUGAACGUUCUCGGCCAGCGAACAACUGGCGAGUCCGUUCGCACCCAAAAUGUCAUGGCAGCGGCAUCCAUCGCUAACAUCGUCAAGAGCUCCCUUGGACCGGUGGGCCUUGACAAGAUGUUGGUUGAUGACAUUGGGGACGUUACCAUCACCAAUGAUGGCGCAACCAUCUUGAAGCUCCUGGAAGUGGAGCACCCAGCCGCUAAGGUCCUGUGCGAACUGGCUGACUUGCAGGACAAAGAGGUUGGAGACGGGACUACCUCUGUGGUAAUCCUUGCUGCAGAGUUACUGAAGAGUGCAGACGAACUGGUCAAGCAGAAAAUUCACCCAACGUCGGUCAUCAGCGGAUAUCGUCUGGCUUGCAAGGAGGCGGUGCGUUACAUCAAUGAAAAUCUCACCAUUGGAACCGAUGACUUGGGCAGGGAAUGCUUACUCAACGCAGCCAAGACCUCUAUGUCCUCCAAGAUCAUCGGAGUUGACGCCGACUUCUUCGCCAACAUGGUGGUGGAUGCCACAAUGGCUGUCAAGUUCGUGGAUGCCAAGGGUAUGUCCAAAUACCCCAUCAACGCUGUCAAUGUGCUGAAAGCGCACGGUCGCAGCCAGAAGGAGAGUUUCUUGGUUAACGGCUACGCGCUCAACUGCACGGUGGGCUCACAAGAAAUGACUAAGCGAGUUCUCAACGCCAAGAUUGCCUGUCUUGACUUCAGCCUGCAGAAGACCAAGAUGAAAAUGGGAGUUCAAGUCGUCAUCAACGACCCAGAGAAGCUGGACCAGAUCCGACAAAGGGAGUCCGACAUUACCAAGGAGAGGAUUCAGAAGAUCCUGGCGGCAGGAGCCAACGUGGUGCUGACCACUGGAGGCAUUGACGACAUGUGCCUCAAGUACUUUGUGGACGCUGGCGCCAUGGCUGUGAGGAGAGUUCUCAAAAGGGACCUUAAACGCAUCGCCAAAGCAACAGGAGCCACCGUCUGCCCAUCUCUAUCCAAUUUGGAGGGAGAGGAGACAUUUGAGGCCACCAUGUUGGGUCAAGCCGAGGAGGUCGUUCAAGAACGUAUCUGCGAUGACGAGCUCAUUCUUGUCAAGAACACCAAAGCGCGCACGUCCGCCUCCAUUGUUCUACGCGGAGCCAACGACUUCAUGUGUGACGAAAUGGAGCGCUCGCUGCAUGAUGCGCUCUGCGUGGUGAAGAGGGUGCUGGAGUCCAAGUCGGUUGUCCCGGGCGGGGGCGCCGUGGAGGCGGCUCUGUCCAUCUAUCUGGAAAACUACGCUACCAGCAUGGGUUCCCGAGAACAGUUAGCCAUCGCAGAGUUUGCUCGGUCCUUGCUGGUCAUCCCCAAAACACUGGCCGUCAACGCCGCGCAGGACUCCACGGACCUGGUGGCAAAACUGAGGGCUUUUCACAACGAGGCGCAGGUCAAUCCUGAACGCAAGAAUCUAAAAUGGAUUGGUCUUGACCUGUUGAACGGCAAACCCCGGGAUAAUCGGCAGGCAGGUGUGUACGAGCCCACCAUGGUGAAGACUAAGAGCCUGAAGUUCGCCACGGAGGCGGCCAUCACUAUCUUGCGCAUCGACGACCUCAUCAAGCUGUUCCCCGAGCCCAAAGAGGGCGGCCAGUCGUACCAAGAAGCCGUCGAAUCUGGAUCUCUGAAUGGUUAA